CUCGUCAUAGUCACUUGUGUCUUGUGCAUUGGGCAAAUCAUUAAGUAACAUUGCUGGCUUCAUAAUUAAUCUUUACCCAUUGGUGUUCCUCGUUCACUUGUCGGGAACACGUAUGGGAGGAACACCUGGGCCGAGCAAGGUGGCGGGUGGUGGCGUCGCGGUGACGCAGUGGAGGAGUCUAUGCUAGGUAGAGUUGAGAAGUUUUCCGUCAUUGGUGAACCGAGAACAGCUGGAGCAGGUGGAACCAACCGACAAUACCUUUGUAGCUGCUACAAACAUGGCACAACUAGCUGUGAAAAAAUCAUCGUGAAAGCUGCAACUCACCUCAGACUGACACUAGUGGUGCCGCCUGUAGCUGCUGGGCGCUAGGGCCUGGCAGCAAUAGUACCUCGCAGGCCGUCGGGGAACAUGGAGGAAUCCUCUUCACUGGGGUUUAAACCCCAAAAGCAAGUUGUUUACAACAAACUUUUGCCUUACAAAGAACAUCUUGACAGUGAAAUUCUUGAACAAAUCCGUGAAAUCAAAGAAAAUCUAUCCAAAGCCUUGAUCCUCGGGGAUAUCAGGCCGGGCUGUGUGCACUGGGUGGCCAAGCUGUCCAGAUUUGUAAAGCUUUAUGGAAUAUGCUUCUCCAAAGAGGACCACGUGAAGCUGGUGAAGCUCAUGUAUGAGCUUGCCGUCACCCUCAACCAGGAGUUUUGGGUCAUGGCAAAGUUUGCACAGAUGCUGACAAUCCUUCUCAAGAAGAAAGAGCUGCUGAGCCCAGAUGAGCUUGUGUUGGAGUGGCGUCCUCUGUAUGACUUGUACAAUAGUUUGUUCUACAACUCCUACAAUACCAUUGGAAUGCUGAUGCUGCCAUCGCACACCCGGAGGGACACCAGUCGUUUGUUUAGCCGUAGGAGGGGAUUUUCAUCCAAUGCCGAGGGAGCCGUGGAAAACAUGAUUCGAGUCUGCCGCUUCUACUUUCCACCCAAUUCUACAAAGGAGAUUCUGGAAGAGGUGCGACCAUUGCUGUGCCCCUUUGACAUGAUCAUGCAGCGAGCCAUGGUCUACUUGGAGCUCUUCUUGCCCACUGCCCUCAUGCCCCACCAGGAGGACAUUGGCUGGAGGCUCUGGAAGGAUGAAAUGUUAGGCAUCUGGAAUGCUUGCCAUAAUAGCAACCUGUGGUUUUGGGAGAACACCAUGUUCUGGCUGUUUGCACGGCUAGCCUGGCACAACAUAGGAUACAUUGAUUGGGAAGAACAUCUACCUAUGGUGUUUACUAAGGUUUUGCGUUCGUUCCGCCUCCCAGUGUCUUACAAGAAAACUCAUGUUGGCAAAGGAGACGGUCUCUCGCAGUUUGCUUCCUCUAUGUUCAUUGUUGCGAACUUGGGUGGAGACAGCAAGACUCAGGAGAAUCUUAGUCGACUCUUCAAGUCCCUGGAGUCGUAUUACCAUCCUUCCAACUCAGGCCCAUGGAGCAGACAUCUCCAUGACUUCCUCAACAAACUCUCUCUCCUCUUCAUUAGGAGAUUACAUCGGGAGAGGUACAAGAAGCCAUCUUGGGAAGUGGAAGUGCCAGAACACAAGAAGUUGACGGAGCAAGACAUCACGGCCUUUGUGCAGUGUAUCCAGAUGCCCACCAUGCUCACCAUGUACUCCCACACUGGCACCCAUGAUGCUGGCAUUGUCUUCCACAGGAUGUCUCUUCUUCGACCUGAAAUUGUUGUGCCACCUCUUCUUGAACAGCUUUAUUCAUCACUAGAAACCACCACUGAGCCUCAUUGCUUGACUGCUUCCUUGGAAUGUGUAGUGUGUGUGGCACGGGCUCUUGUCCGUGGAGGGAAGCACUACCCUGAGGGCCAGACUCAUGUUAUUCCUCUGCUCAUCCAGACACUUCCUGGCAUUGACCCUAAUGAUAUAAAGAAGUGCAUGGUAACAUUCCAGUUCAUCUAUACUCUGGUGACUCUUGUGCCUUUUGUAGACUGUUCAUCAGCAACAGAAGAAUUCACAGAUCUGACAGAGUGGGAGCAAGAAGUGUGCCUGCAGACAGCAAGUUUUGAAGAUUUUGUUCUCCAGUUUAUGGAUCGCUGUUUUGCUCUGAUUGAAAAUUCUACCCUUGAACAAAUUACACAGCAAGACAGGGAAACAGAAAAGAUGAACAGGGAGGAAAACAUGCUGGAAAUGGGACUUUCAUCUACGUUCUCUGCCAUCAUUACUCAAGCACAUCCAAAGAUAUAUGAUGCUGCCUUACAAAGAUUGCAGACAUUCAUAAAGGGUAAGAUGAUUGAAAUUCAUGUUGCUGGGAAGUUUGCUGCCAACAUGUGUCGUUCUGCUGUCAAGGUCAACCCGCCUGAGGCCCUGAAGGUGUUUGUUCCUGGAGUUUGUCGCCUUCUACUGACUCUCACAGACAAUGAAGAAGUGCAGAAUGAAGAACACUUGGAUGAUGAGCUCCUCUUUAAUCUUCUGCUCUUGUCCGAGUUGGUAAGAUGCAGUGGAUGCCAUCUACUGAAGUACAUACCACAGAUAACACAAGUAUUGACUCAAACACUGCAUCUAAAGAGCAGAGAAGGCUACCACCUGGCAGGAUCUGUGCUGCGUUACCUGCUCAAGUAUUUAAGUAUCUCAAUGCCCUCUGAGUACCGAUCGUUGCCAUACAGUUGGGACACGCCGUUCUCCACUUCUCUGCCUAUACGGCAUUGGGGAGAGGCUGGGGAUGUGCACAACCUGGGAUUGACAUGGGUAGAACCAACAAAAGCUGAAGAGGAAGCUAUACAGACCCUUGUGCGGACCUUCCUUACCCCAGAACUUGUGCUGCUGCGCAAGGUUGCCACUGGAGAAAAGGAGGUUUCAAGAGAGGAGUUGCAACAGUGUUUGAGCAUCACUCUUGAUAUCUUGCUUGGUGCUGGUGCUGUCCUGCCUCACUGGGAGGAAGAGCCCAUCCCAUUGGUUGAAAUGUCUGUGAAGAAAGACAACUCAAUAUUCAUUGUCAGGAGUCAGGAAUUGUGUGUAACUCUUGACUCUGAGAAUUUCCCAACAAAUGUUCGCAAAGCUGUUGCUGAUGUCGUCCUGCAGCUGGUGGACAAACUCCUCACUCAGGGAUCUGAUGAUGCCAAGUCUCUGUGCAGGGCCAUCAAUAUAUGUCAUGGGGUGAUAUUCUUCUUUGGUGUUUCAAAAGAUGACUUUGAUGCCAGAUGGAAAAGUUUUCAAUUCAUCAAAGAUACACUGGCCAACAAGCUCACCAGAAACAAGCAGCACAUACGAUCGCUGCUUAUUGAGAGGACUGUCCUUCACCAAGAAAGUCGUAUCUUGGAGAACAGUGUUACUCAUCUGACACAGACACACAAUGCUGUUAUGAACAGUCUUAUGCACCUUGCAACUAGUCAAUAUAGCGAAGUGAGAAGUAAGAGCCAGCACACCUUGAGUCAAAUUUUUCAGUCAUUUCCAUACUCAUAUAAGUUGGUCUUGCCAAGCCUCAUCUCCUCGCUGCAGGUCAAUCCUACAGAGCAACAUGAGAAGUUCAAAGGAAGUCUCUACCUCUUAUUGGGAAGACAAGGGAAGUCUCUCAUGGUGCGUCGUGACUGGGAGUCCCUCAACUUGGUGUGGCCAGCGUUGAUUGCAUCCCAGCACUCUGAGAAGCCAUCUAUAAUCAGGCUUAUGAAUGCUCUGUCUGACACUGUCUAUUACUACAUGGAACUCUUCACUAUAUACCAACAAGUACCACAACGUGCUGUAAGUGCAGCAGAAGCACUCUUGCAGAGUGAUAACCCAAAGGUGAAGGAUGGUGUGCUGAGUGUUGAAGUUUUAUCUUCUGCUGCUGAAAAUGUCAAAAACAAGGGCAGGACCAACCAUGAGCUGUACAACAAUCUGGUGUCUAGCAUUGUGCAACGUCUUGAAUCUGGAACAUUGCACUGGAGGAUACACAACAUGGCACUCAACCUCCUCGGAUGUUUGGUUCGUCCAGAUGUAGUAUUUCCAGCAGCAGGAGUCAGGACCUUCACAGCCAAUUUGAUACAUGACAACAUACGCAUUAGAGAGACCUCAGUCUUCUAUAUGCCAUGGAUUUUGAAGAAUCAGAAGAGGAAGCACAAGAAAAUUGAGAUUGACCCGUACUCAGUGGAUAGUAAACAUGAGGUUCCUGCACACGUAUCUCCUGGAGAUCACAGACCUGAUAACCAGUGGAUGCAGUAUGAUAGCAGUAGAAAGAUUACUAGUGAAGAAGAGUGGGAACAGCCCAGAUUUGUAGAGAAAACAUACUUUGGAUGGUACAGUUGGCCAAAGACCAUGAUGGUAUAUGCCCCACCAUCCCAGCAACCUCCACUUGAUAGAAAGCGAGAAGAACUGACGGAAGAGGAACGAGCAGUGUACGACUUUUUCAUCUGUCAAGAGAAUGUGGACAAACUUGUGUCAUUCUUGUCCCUGGAAGAAAAUAAAGAGAGAGACAGCUUCAAUACUCGUCGUUUCUGGAUGAUAAAGGGACUCUUCAGGAACUUUGGAGAUGCUUUCCUCCCUCAGUUUGAAGGCCAUUUGGAGAGACUUGUUAAAGAAACUCAAAAAAGUAGCCAAAGAUGUGCUGCAGAAGUUAUAACUGGUAUGAUUAGGGGCAGUAAACACUGGACAUUUUCAAAGCAUGAAGCUUUAUGGGAGAAGUUGAAACCCAUUUUGAGAACUGGGAUGGCAAGAGUAACAGUGGAGACAGUGGAGGACUGGGGCACCUGUAUGGCCACUGCCAGUGCUGACCGAGACCCUAACAGAUUAGCUCCAUUGAUGGAGCUGUUGAUGGAUGACCCAUUGAGAGCCAGUGAAGGAGCAUUCAAUGGAUCAAGUCGAAUGUAUAUGUUGAUGGGAGGAUUAGGCCAGCAAGAGUGGCGCGUGUCAGAGUUGAGUCAUCGUUUGCUUGAUUACUUGAGACCGUCACUAUCCCAUGCUUACAAGAGUAUCAGGGACAGGAUGGGCAGUGUGCUGACUGGGAUCUUCAUGUAUGACUUGGCUCUCCCAGGAGGAGGAACAUCACGCUAUCCUAGCUGCUCAAAAUUCAUAGAGGAUACUCUUCCUCAGCUGGCACUUCUUAUACAGGAACCCAGUUCAAGUGCAGCAAGUGAUGCAGACUCAGAUACUGUCAAAUAUGGUGCAUCUGUAUCAUUUGCUCCUGAAGAUACUUCUCUUUCUCAAUCAGAGAGCAAAAUGUUUAGUGAUAGUGUGAUUCCCUCUGUGAGGGAUUUAACAAGGGCGACACUUUCAGCGAGUGACAACAUAGCAAAGGUUUUAGGUAAUGUGCACUCAGAAAACUCUCAAGUACCAAUAAUAAACCCAUUGAUAAACCAUGUCUCUGGACUUGACACACCAAGUUUUCUGGUUGGAAGAGACAGCAAGGAUUUAAGUAGGCUGGGGAAAAUCAAACUUAAAGAUUGUGACUUAUCCACAAAUGUUGUGUAUGAUUCUGUAAAUGUAAUGCCAUCAGAUACUACCAACUAUGAGAAAAACAAUUUUCAUGAAAAUCAUGUGAAGAAUCCUGUUAAUGGUUAUAUUGGAGCCAGUGAAGAAAGAAAAACAGCAGUGCGCCUGAUGAACACUGUGUGUCGGUGGCUGGUGGGUCACGUGGGACGCUGCUACAAUGGUGUCACACCUGACAUAUACAGAUUCCUUCCUUACCUGUGCCAGCUGGAAAGUGUUGACAAUGACCCUGAGCUGCGGGGUAAUUGUAUAGCAACAUUAGCCAUCCUCAGUCAAGCUGUGGUUCUUCCAUCCCGCAUUUCAUCUCUCAUAGCCACCGUCACUCAGAUAGCACAGAACAGUUGGUGGCGUGCUCGAGCAGCUGUGUUGUCUUUGCUGCAAGUGGCAGUGUUCACCAACAUGUUUACUAUUCUGAAUGAUGAGAAAGCACCUCAGCAAGUGAAAGAACUUGUAGUGAAUCUCUUGUCUGAUUCAAGACUUGAGGUGCAGCAGAUGGCAUCCACUGUGCUUAGUGGACUUAUUCACUGCAAGUUUAUUCAAGCAGAGGAUGAACUUUUGAAUGAGUUUACCUCUAAACUUCAAAAUAGUCGUAAUCAGAAUAGAAGAGGAAAGAAGCAAUUGCAGCCACAACAAAUAACUGAACUACAUGCCAAUGUACUGGGACUUUGUGCUUAUGUCAGUGCCUUCCCUUAUGAUGUACCAGACAUGUUGCCUCAAGUGUUGGUCACUCUAAGUGAUCAUCUCAAUGACCCUCAUCCUAUACCAGCAACAAUCAAAAAGACCUUGAGCAACUUCCGGCGCACUCACCAUGACAAUUGGCGUGACCAUAAGAAGAAGUUCACAGAGGAUCAGCUGGUAGUGCUCACUGAUCUUCUGCUUUCCCCAUCAUACUAUGCUUAAUUUCUUACUGUUUUAGAGUUAUAACCUAAAUGUAUUUAUGAACAGAAACUACUUGUAUUACGUCAAAAAUGUGCAACUUGUGCUGCUGUAUGAUAUUGUUCCAAUAUUUCCAAAUAUUUUAAGUCUUUCCGUAAUGGGAAGUUUCAUUUUGGUCAUUCUAGCACUUUGUGUUAUAAGGAAACAAAAGCCUGUGGACUGCUGAAGAGUGACUGGUCUAUUUGAAAAUGUUUACACUGGGAAUUUUUAUUCCUUCUCUAAUGAAAAUGUUUGUUAUUCUAUUUUGAGCCAGUUAUUUAUAAACAUUGUAAACUUUUUUUAAUUUUAUUCUUCUUAAUGCAUGUUUUCAUGAAUUGCAAAAGAAUAUAUUGGUGAAGUAUUAUAAUUACUAAUUAUAAUUUUAAGUGUGUCUGUGUAUCCUUUUCAUAUAUAUAUAUAUAUAUAUAUAUAUAUAUAUAUAUAUAUAUAUAUAUAUAUAUAUAUAUAUAUAUAUAUAUAUAUAUAUAUAUAUAUAUUCUUUUUUUUAUUAUUAUUAUUUUUUUAAUGGAAAUAGAGGUGUACUACCAGUUUACCUGCACAUCCUCUAGUCCAGACAAAAUCUCAAAUGGGAGUUUCAAAUUUCCACAGCCACCCAACUAGUUUGCUGGGCAACCAUUUCCAUUUCUCAUGGCACAUUAAAAUCUGGUUUUAUAUUUUAUUAAAAUUUUUCUUUUUCAAUUAACGGGCCAUUAGUGCCAUCAGUUUAUGCUGUUGCUAAUAGGAAUGUGUGGAAAUGAAUGUAGAAGAAAACCAUUAUUUUUUUUAUACUUGAGGAAUAAGUAAAUAUAUACAGUAAUUGUAUACAGUAAAUAUAUACAGUAUUGUGAUUAUUAUAUUUUUCAGCCGCCCUUCUAAGGCAAUUGGUUUCUGUCAUGUGAAACCCUAUCACAGCCUUCCUAUGGAGGAGUUCUUAGGAGCAUGUGUUGGAUGGGUUGAUGGAUAUAAAUGUGAGGGUGUCAAGCAGUCUGGGAAGGUAUCAUUGAAUAACUGCAAAUAGCAUAAUUUGGUUCACCCAUUUGUAUGAUGAGUCUCACCUCUACAAUCCCACAAACUCUUUGAAUUCUUGUUUCCCAUGAAUGGGUGCACUGUAAAGGGAAGUCAUCUAACAGACCAUGAUUGAAUAGUCAGUCACCUAAUGACUAUACUAUAGUAUGAAAAGUGGUGACCUUUGCUGGUCUGGCUGAAUGAUAAAUGUAAGGCUUUAGAACAUAAGGUGCUGGUAAACUGGUAGUUUAUCUGUAUUAUAUUGUAAAUGCAUCCAUUGUAUACUUUUUAGUGUGAUGCAGUUUGUGUCUGAACCAAUUGCUGCAUUAAAAUGAAGUCAUUUACUAUUUUAGUUCUAAUUCAUUAUAAAAUGAAUAUAGAUAUGUAGUUUUGUAGGAGAGCACAGAUUUUUAUGAAGUUUGUUAAGAUUUUACCUUGAAAGAAUUUUCUGCAGGGGAAGCUAAGGUACAAGUAGCUGGUGUCUUUGAUUUGCCAGUACAUGUGUAGAAAAUGUACAGAAUUUUGAUAUUACGUCUUUUUUCAGUUUUCUUUUUUAUUCUAUUUUUCUUUUAUGAUUUCAUUUUAUUUUAUUUUUUUAUUUUUAUUUUUUUUUCUUUCCUUUUUCACCUAAUUCAGGAGCUGUGAGUUUAGUGUGUAACAUAUACAUAUAUUGUGACUAAUCUGGUCUCCCAUAUCUGGAGACAAGUAGGAGCUGUAAAAUGAAACCCAAAUCAACUGAAGCUUAGUAGCAACAACUUUGUUGAUAUUGUUUGCUUGGAAACUCAGCAUUCUUUCUUUCUUCUUGAAAUAUAAAUGAAUCCCUCAUCAUUUUCAUAUACCAAAGUUCUGUAUAAAUAUAAAUUUGAGAGUUUGUUGUAUGCUGUAUUUUUUUGCAAUAGUAAUUUCUUGCUAAUGGUCGCAACCAUGCAUCCUUCAUGGCAAGAGAUGAAAAAAAACAAUGUAUUCUAACAUUUUAGCUGUGAUAAAACGGAUUGCAGCCUUCUGAUAAUGUUAGCACCAUUGGUAAUUUAUUACAGUUACAAAUCUGCAUUAAAAUGCAAAAUAUAAAA